UCAAAACCCUUUCUGCUAAAACCUCCAAACGAAAUCAAACCGCAACCAUGGGAAACAAAAACAAAAACAGAGCUUCUAAAAGCACUACCGACGCUUCCAAGUCUAGCUUGGUUCCUCAAGACCAAGAUUGCUAUGAAGGGGAACGUCUUGCUCGUUUGCUCAAACUAAUCAAUCGGGAAGUUGAGUCUGUAAAACUUCUGGAAAGAAAUUCGCUGCCCGAGAAAUUCUGGUUCAAGCAACAAUUCGCUAUUGGAGUCAAUGAAGUCACUCGUGCUCUUGAACGAAUGUUGCCGACGGCGGAGAUUGAUGGCUCCCAUCAAAAGCCGCUGCCUCAUACCGUCGCCACUCAUCGUCGCAAACCGCCUGCAGUUCCGCUUCAGGCCAUACUGAUAGCUUCUGAUUGCAACCCUAAAUGGCUGACAAAGCAUCUCCCAAGCUUGGCUUCUUUGAAGAAGGUACCAGUGAUAUUGGUUAAAGAUCAGAAAGGAGGAUCUUUGAGACUAGGUGAACUUGUUAGACUUAAAACAGCAAUUGCAAUUGGAGUAAAAGAUAGAGGAAAUUCCUUAAAUGAAAUUGUGAAGAAAAUUCUUCAUGAUGGCAAUGAAUUGAACCUUGGAACAAAAUGUCUGGAGUCGGCCGAGACACCUUGUGCGCCCUCUGUCAAUGGUCUAUGAUUUGCACAGCCAUGGUUCUUUUACAAGCUUUGGAGCAGAGCAGAAACAGAACAGAUCAUACUGAUGUAUUUACCAAUUUCUUAUUAAAAUUGAAAAAAAAAUAAAUAAAUAAAAUGAUUGGUUCUUUGUUAAUGUUACAAUCUUUCCUGAUUUCUAUCGUGUGGUUCCGCUCUGGUACAGUUAAAUAGACAUAAAUAUUUCUCA